CGGCGGGCGUCCGGACCGCGCCCCGCUGAGCUCGCGCGAAGCCGGGCAGCAGGUCCGAGCCGGCCGGAGCCGCGGAGGGCGAGGGCGGCGGCGCCGGCCGCGGCGGCGCUGGAGGGGGCGGCCCCGCGGCCCCGCGUCCGCGUCACGUGGUGCGAGGCGGGCAGCCAUCUUGCUACAAACACAAACAGAGAGGAGCGGCCGCCGCGGGAGCGCCAGCGCCCCCUCCCCCGCCGCCGCCACUGCCGCCGCCCCCCCGGCCCGCCGCGCGCCGCCGCUGCCGCCGCCGCCGCCGCCGCGUCGCCAACGCCCGGGACCGGACCCUCGCGCCGCCCGCCCGCCGCCGCCCGCGGCUGCUGGCAUCCGGAGUGAAUGGGCUCUGGCCCAGCCUUCCUCCCAGCCAGUGACGGAAGCCCUCCCAUAGCCCUGGACACUGCCUGGCCUUCAUCUUUUGCUCCAGUCCCACCAGGGAUGAGCCCUCUUUCAAGAGUCUCCUCUGUUGUUCCUUAGAGGAACUGGUUGCUGCUACCACCACCUCUUGUCAGCCUCGGUGAUUCUGACCUGCUUUCUACUUCAUGGAUCUUUCCCAGAUGUGAAGGUCCCUCUGAGGCACUUUUGAGGCCAGACCAUUAGCCAGUGGUUUGGAGACGAUAAUUCACUCCAGUACUGGCCCCUGCCUGAAGAGAGCCCAGCCCCCGACUGCUUCCCAGGGCAAAGCUGCCAGGUCUGACCCCACCCAACUCAUCUUCAGUUAACUUAUGGUGCGAGUGGCCACGUGGCUGGCUUAGGUAUUUGGACAGGGCAUUUCGGGUCCUCCCUCCUCUGCUAACCCCCCCACCUCUGGGAAGCAACCCCAGCUCCACAAUGGCAGCGGAGACACUCAACUUUGGGCCUGAGUGGCUGAGGGCCCUUUCCAGUGGAGGCAGCGUGGCCUCCCCACCCCCAUCCCCUGCCAUGCCCAAAUACAAGCUGGCUGACUACCGCUACGGGCGAGAGGAGAUGUUGGCCCUCUAUGUCAAGGAGAACAAGGUCCCUGAGGAACUGCAGGACAAAGAGUUUGCUGCGGUGUUACAGGAGGAGCCACUGCAGCCCCUGGCCCUGGAGCCUCUGACUGAGGAGGAGCAGAGAAACUUCUCCCUGUCAGUGAACAGUGUGGCUGUGCUGAGGCUGAUGGGGAAAGGGGCUGGCCCCCCCCUGGCUGGCACCUCCCGUGGCAGGGGCAGCACGCGGAGCCGAGGCCGUGGCCGUGGUGACAGUUGCUUUUACCAAAGAAGCAUUGAAGAAGGUGAUGGGGCCUUCGGACGGAAUCCCCGGGAGAUCCAGCGAAGCCAGAGCUGGGAUGACAGAGGCGAGAGGCGGUUUGAGAAGUCGACAAGGAGGGAUGGAGCCCGUUCUGCAUUCGAGGAGGGCGGGGCUGGCCCAAGGAAGGAGCACGCUCGCUCAGAUAGUGAGAACUGGCGUUCCCUGCGAGAGGAGCAGGAAGAGGAGGAGGAGGGCAGCUGGAGACUAGGGGCAGGACCCCGGCGAGAUGGCGAUCGCUGGCGCUCCACCAGCCCUGAUGGCGGUCCCCGCUCUGCUGGCUGGCGGGAACAUGAACGUCGUAGAAAGUUUGAAUUCGAUUUGCGAGGGGAGCGAGGAGGGUGUGGUGAAGAGGAGGGGCGGGGUGGGGGAGGCAGCUCUCACCUCCGGAGGUGCCGCGGACCUGAUGGCUUUGAUGACGACAAGGAUGGGCUCCCGGAGUGGUGCCUGGAUGAUGAGGAUGAAGAAAUGGGCACCUUCGAUGCCUCCGGGGCCUUCUUGCCUCUCAAGAAGGGCCCCAAGGAACCUAUUCCAGAGGAGCAGGAGCUCGAUUUCCAGGGCCUGGAGGACGAGGAGGAAGAGCCUUCAGAAGGGUUGGAUGAGGAGGGACCUGAGGCAGGUGGGAAGGAACUAACCCCACUGCCUCCUCAGGAGGAGAAGUCCAGUUCCCCAUCCCCACUGCCCACCUUGGGCCCACUCUGGGGGACGAAUGGGAACAGUGAGGAAACUAUGGAGAAAGAGCUCCCCACAGCUGAAGGAGAUGAGCUGAGGGGAGUUCAACUGAGUCCUGGGGUGACCUCACCCCCUGCUCCACCUGGAGAUCUGGAGGAUGAAGAAGGCUUGAAGCAUCUGCAGCAGGAGGCAGAAAAGCUGGUGGCCUCCUUGCAGGACAGUUCUCUGGAGGAGGAGCAGUUCACGGCUGCCAUGCAGACCCAGGGCCUGCGCCACUCCACAGCUGCCACUGCCCUCCCCCUCAGCCAUGGCGCUGCCCGAAAGUGGUUCUACAAGGACCCACAAGGGGAGAUCCAAGGCCCCUUUACAACCCAGGAGAUGGCAGAGUGGUUCCAGGCUGGCUACUUCUCCAUGUCGCUGCUGGUGAAGCGGGGCUGUGAUGAGGGCUUCCAGCCCCUAGGAGAGGUGAUCAAGAUGUGGGGCCGUGUGCCCUUUGCCCCUGGGCCCUCCCCACCCCCACUGCUGGGAAACAUGGACCAGGAGCGCCUGAAGAAGCAACAGGAGCUGGCCGCCGCGGCUUUGUACCAGCAGCUGCAGCACCAGCAGUUUCUUCAGCUGGUCGGCAGCCGCCAGCUCCCACAGUGCGCACUCCGGGAAAAGGCAGCUAUGGGGGACCUGACGCCGCCGCAGCAGCAGCAGCUCACAACAUUCCUGCAGCAGCUCCAGGCUCUCAAACCCCCCAGAGGUGGGGACCAGAACCUGCUCCCGACGAUGAGCCGGUCCUUGUCGGUGCCAGAUUCAGGCUCCCUCUGGGAUGUACAUACCUCAGCCUCAUCACAGUCAGGUGGUGAGGCCAGUCUUUGGGACAUACCAAUUAACUCUUCGACUCAGGGUCCAAUUCUAGAACAACUCCAGCUGCAACAUAAAUUCCAGGAGCGCAGAGAAGUGGAGCUCAGGGCGAAGCGGGAGGAGGAGGAACGAAAGCGCCGCGAGGAGAAGCGCCGCCAGCAGCAGCAAGAGGAGCAGAAGCGGAGGCAAGAGGAGGAGGAGCUCUUCCGAAGGAAGCAGGUGCGGCAGCAGGAACUCUUGCUGAAGCUGCUGCAGCAGCAACAAGCCGCAGCCGCUGUCCCUGUGCCCCCUGCGCCCAGCUCCCCACCCCCACUCUGGGCUGGCCUGGCCAAGCAGGGCCUGUCCAUGAAGACCCUGCUGGAGCUACAGCUGGAAGGAGAGAGGCAGCUGCACAAGCAGUCUGCACCCCGGGAGCCACCACGGGCCCAGGCCCCCAACCACCGUGUGCUUGGGGGUCUGGGCACUGGCCCCCUGAACCAGUGGGUGUCCGAGGCCGGGCCACUGUGGGGCGGGCCAGACAAGAGUGGAAGCAGUGGUGGCAGCAGCUUGGGGUUGUGGGAGGACACCCUCAAGAACAGCGGGAGCCUGGCCCGUAGCCUCGGCCUGAAGAACAGCCGGAGCAGCCCCUCUCUCAGCGACUCAUAUAGCCACCUGUCAGGUCGGCCUGUUCGCAAAAAGACAGAGGAAGAAGAAAAGCUGCUGAAGCUACUGCAGGGCAUCCCCAGGCCCCAAGACGGCUUCACCCAGUGGUGUGAGCAGAUGCUGCACACCCUGAGCACCACGGGCAGCCUGGACGUGCCCAUGGCUGUAGCGAUCCUCAAGGAGGUGGAAUCCCCCUAUGAUGUCCACGACUAUAUCCGUUCCUGUCUGGGGGACACGCUGGAAGCCAAAGAAUUUGCCAAACAAUUCCUGGAGCGGAGGGCCAAGCAGAAAGCCAGCCAGCAGCGGCAGCAACAGCAGCAGCAGGAGGCGUGGCUGAGCAGUGCCUCUCUGCAGACAGCCUUUCAGGCCAACCACAGCACCAAACUCGGCCCUGGGGAGGGCAGCAAGGCCAAGAGGCGGGCGCUGAUGCUGCACUCGGACCCCAGCAUCUUGGGGUACUCCCUGCAUGGACCUUCUGGUGAGAUCGAGAGCGUGGAUGACUACUGACCAGCCCAUCCCACCAGCCCCAUGGGCUGUAGGCCGGGGGCGGCGGCAGCAGCAGCUUGGACCCUUGGGUCCUCAGCCUGCAGGCUCCCAGCAAGGAGCAGAGGAGGAAGCAGGGGCAGGGUCCCCAGCACUUGUUACAA